AUGUUGCUUCACCAAGCUCUCGCUCUAGGGUUGGCGGCGUGGCCAGCCAUCGUGAGUGCGGCGAUAUUCCCCUCGGACACGAAAGUGAAGAUGCUUGACUCGAAUGGAUUUAAAAAGGCUAUGAAAUCGAACAUGACCUCGGUGGUAGCUUUCGUAGCGCCAUGGUGCGGACAUUGUCAAAGGAUGGCGCCAGAGUACAGCAAGGCCGCUGAAGCGCUGCAACCGAUGGUACCCUUGUAUGCAGUGGACUGCGACCAAGACUCCAACAAACGGCUCUGCUCUGAGCAAGGGGUGCAAGGAUUCCCAACAGUGAAACUGUUCCCGCGUGGCUCGCAGUCAAAACCGGUAAGCUAUGACAGCGGCCAAAGGACUGCGGAGAGUUUCUUCUACUGGGCGUCGCGGAAUAUUCCGCAUGGCGUCAAGAGGCUCGACAAGGUAGCCGACGUGACGGCUUGGGCCAAUGAGCAUGUUGCCAAGCCCUGCGCCGUUUUACUUAAUUCAGGAAAGGAAAUACCGCUGAUGUGGAAGACUCUGGGCAACAAGUACAAAGAUCACAUCACAUUCUCUAUUCUCCAAGACAAAAGCGGCAAGAGCGCUGUCAAGUUAGGAGUCGAAGAGAAACCGGAUAGGACCUCCAAAGUCCUAGUUUAUCCCGCAGGAUCGUCGGAUUUCGUUCGUUUCGAUGGCAAGUGA